AGAAUUAUGCGCGGUUUUACAUUGGCCAAUCGGCGUUGGCCGUAGAAACGAACUAGCUUUCUGCGCACCCGUCUCGUCGUUGAGGAGGAAAUCAACAUGGCAUCCGACAGAAUGCGAAGUCCUGCGUCAAGUGAAUUUUACAAAUCUAAAAGCAGCACUUCACACGAUCUUGAAAAAACUGUGAUCAAUUAUGAUGCAACGAACGAUGAGGUGAAGCGGGGGUUGCCUGUCAGCGCUCUGGAAAAGCGCGAAGCCCACAGUUACCGGAAUCUUCCUGGUUUGUUCGAAACGGCGUCAUCUGCGGACUGUGUUGUGAGGAAAAUAGUAAACACAGAGUUGCACCAUGAUUCCCAAGAAAAGAGAUUGAGUGAUGUGGGGAGUAACAGUUUAAGCUAUGUUUCGAAGUAUGGAAAAAGUGCAACUCACGACCUUCCGUUCAGCGCAAAUAUGAGCGGAAUGGCGAAACCUACUGCUUACGCUCGGGAAGGUGGACAUGUAUCGAAGUCGGCAAUCACAACGCCUUCAAAUGGAGAUUUGCAAGGGCAAACAGCUAAGAAGGUUACGGAUAGUCCAGAUUACAAGAAACACAAAAAGAAACACAAGGAAAAGGAUAGACACCAUGGCAAAGACUGUUCUCGAGAUAGAGAUCGACAUAGGGAUCGUGAUAAAGACAGGGAUCGAGACAGAGAUAGAGGAAGAGACAGAGAAAGGGACAGAAACCGAGAUAAGGACAGAGACCGAGAAAGAGAGAGAGACAGGGAUAGGGAGAGACACAAGGACAAAGACAGAGCUAAAACUCAUGACAGAGUCAAAGGUAAAGAAAGAGACAAAGAAAAGGACCGAAACAGUACAAAGGAAGUUGACAAAGAGCAGCGAUUGAAACUAAAGGACAAGGAUGUGUCUCUUCCUAAACAAGAUAGAGGAAACAGUGGUGAUGACGACUGUUCAAUCAAGAACCAAAAUAUAUGCCCAGAAAAAGUAAUGCUUGAAGAGGCCAACAGUGAACCCCUCACAACACCACCAGAAACCCCUGUUUCUGACACUGUUGCUCCUAUGAACACUUCUGAAGUGCCCCUCUCUUCACAUCAUGUGCCUAUUGCAUCUCUACCUGAUUCAUACGUUAGUGGAGACUUGUGGCCUGGAGAAUCCACUUCUGGCCCAAGCAUUGGUGCAGAGGUACUGGUUUGUCAUCAAGAAGAAGUAUGUAAUGAAAUUGUUUGUGCCACAGAAGAGGAAGUUAAAGACCACUGUACUGAUGAAGUCAUAAAGGAAGAAAUUAUUGAGCCAGUAGAAUGUCAGGAUGAGCUGUAUGAAAGUAGUUGCAUUGUUGACAGCAGUGUUUCCUUAGAGGUCACUGCACUGACCAGUGCUGAAGAGCUGCUGCCGAAUUGUGAUAGUUCCCCCUGUGAAAAACAAGUGAAGAAAAAUGAUAAUCUUCCCUCUGAACCAACUAUUGAUAAUCUUAGUCCUUCUUACCUGAACAGCUCAUCCUAUUGUGAGAAGGUUGCAGUUAAAGAAGAAAAGGUUGACAAAUUUGACAGUGCAACAAACGAGCCUUUAAUAAAAGAAGAGGACAAACAAUCCUUCAAAGCCAAAGCUGAAGUACCAGUCAAUGUGAAAGAAGAUAAAGAGAUAUUUGACAAUAAAUCAAAAAUUAGUGUUGUAGCAAAAGUUUCUGAAGAAAAGCGACAGUCUAUUGAAGAAUUUAAGUUGAAAUGCGAAACCAAUAUCUCUUCUCUCAAAGAUAAAGAAAAGCCACCACAAAGAAGACCCAGCAGUAGUGGGUCUAGUAGUCACAAAAGUAGUCGCCGAGACUCUGACAGGAAAGAUCAUCGGUCUUCUUCUCAUCAUUGCUCUCGCUGCUACAAAAGAUCAAAAAUUAAACGAGCCAGUAUUGGAGUUCAAUGCAGAAGAGACAAAAGCAUAGGGAAGCUUCUACAGCCAGCUCCACCUCCGCCACCGUCCACAUUAAAUUGGCACCCAGCCCAGAGACCCUCUUCAAUUAGCUCCAUUUCCAAACCAGAGCAUUAUAGUCAUCCAUCAUCUGAUUUGUACCGUUAUGCACAGUAUAUGCACAUAGAAACUCAUCCUAAUGGUGGAGCAAGUGUAGUUCACAUGUAUCAAGAAGAACUUAACCACCUAACUCCAGAUCAAAUGAAUGAACUUUCUGAUGAGUAUUUUAAGGUUGUUUUUGGAGAAGAUGAAAAUGGCAAUGCAUUUCAUGUAAUGGGUAUUGUGCACAACUCUGCGUCCUACUUACCAGAUCUCUUGGAUCAUAUGGCAGACCACUACCCAACAUUAACGGUUAAAAAUGGUGUUCUUGGUAGGAACUCUGAUAUUGAGACCACUAACAUGGCAGCAUAUAGGGAUCAGACUAUGCCUUGGGGUCCUUUGUCUGUGGUCCAAAUGGAAUCCCCUUUAGAGUCUAAUGACGGACCAAUCUUAUGGAUAAGACCAGGUGAACAGCUUGUGCCAACAGCUGAUAUGCCUGCAAAGUCCCCGUUUAAACGAAAACGCACGGGUAUCAAUGAGCUAAGAAACCUCCAGUACUUGCCGCGUCUUUCUGAAGCAAGAGAGUACAUGUUUGAAGAUCGUACCAAAGCCCAUGCAGACCAUGUGGGUCAUGGACUGGAUCGAAUGACUACGGCUGCAGUUGGUAUUUUAAAGGCUGUGCAUUGUGGCGUUCCAAGCCCUCAGAAUCGAGUCACAAAAGAUGUUGUAGCGUUCUAUGCUGCAGAUUUCCCUGACCUUGUGGAAAAAUUGCAACUUGACCUUCAUGAACCACCUAUAUCACAGUGUGUGCAAUGGGUGGAGGAUGCUAAAUUGAAUCAACUGCGAAGAGAGGGUAUACGAUAUGCCCGAAUCCAACUGUAUGACAAUGACAUUUAUUUCUUACCACGCAACAUCAUUCAUCAGUUUCGAACAGUAACUGCUGUGACAAGCAUUGCAUGGCAUGUCCGCCUGAGUCAAUAUUAUCCAGAGUCUCUAUUGAGUCAAGACAUUAAACACUCAAGAGUAGUCACUGGAGUUAACAACUGCCAUAUUUUUAGAGAGAAGAAAGAUUUGCCCGACCAACCUAUGAGAUCACAUCAACCUAUGUCUUCUGAUUUUGUCUUGAGUGAAACAUCAAGUGAUGAGGAAAAUUCUUCACCCCGCAAGAAACCUCGUCGAAGAUCAUCAUCUUCCCCAGAUGUAAGGUCAGAUCAUAAGAAAACGUCUCACAAGGAUAAGAAAGAAAAAAAAGUUUUCGACAAGAAAAGCGAUAAGUCUUGCAAAGGUAGUCAGUCCAACGGAGGAUUGGAAACAAUCCCUGUUAAAAAAGAUUUUAUUAAAUCAACCACUGAAAAUGGUAAUGCCUCUUUCAAUGGUGUUUGUGUCCCAUCAGAGCCUAAGCCAGUGGAUAAGAUACACAAAAGUGUUUCCUUACCGAGCUCAAAUUCUAGUAAACAUACCAACAGCAAAGAUCAUAAAGUGAGUUCUAGCUCUAAGCAUCAUGGGAGCAGCAGUAGCAGUAGUCAAAAGCAUAAAGAAAGCAAGCACAGUAGCAAAGAAAGCCAAGUAGACGGUUCCAAAAGCAGCAGUAAAUCUAAAUCAAGUAGCAGCAGGAGUAGCAGUAAGCAUAGAGACAAGCAUGGAAGUAGUUCCAGCUCAUCCAGCUCAACUUCAAGGCUGAAAGAGAAUAAUGCUGUUCGUAAUCUGUCCGUGGCAUUAGAGGAGAAAACACUUCCCUCUGAUUGUGCAAGCCUAAAUGAUACUGUUAAACCAUUGAUGUCUGAGUUUAAAAAAACCAAAGACUCAAGCGAUAUUGGCAAUACUUGAGGUUUGGUUAGUAUUUGUUUAUUUCAUAUUGCAAUGUAGGAGUACAUAAAUAUAUCACCGUUGAGUACAGCACUUACAUUAAGGUCCAGAAAUUAUAUUAUGAGUUUACAAUACCACUGAUAGUGGUACACUUUGUUUUGUGUAUAGAAGUAUAUCUUUGUUUCUCUUGCUAUUGUUUUGGAUCGAGUGGACAGAAAUGCUUAAGUACAUAUUUUAUUUUUAUUUUUUUCUUCAAUAUAGCAUUGACUGUAGAAGCCACAUGGUUUUACUUUUUCAGAUUGUUCCCCUUUGUUAGGCUUUUGUAUAAUAGUAUAUUUUAACUCUUUCUUUUUUGUUGUUGUUGUGGAGUCCUUGUAGGUGUAGGUAGAUAUUUGUUGACUGCCAAAUGAAUUAAUUUACCAGUAGUUUCUUUUGUCUUUUUAAAAAUCUUUGUUUUAGGAUGCUGUGUUGUAUGUUUCAGGCAGUUUUGUUUUGCCCUCUGUCUGCAAAGAUUCAUUCUUAAUUGAAAGAAAGGAGGUGGAAUGAAACUAAAGAUUAUCUGCCUUUGACAUGAUUUUAACUCUAGCUUUGUCUUAUUUGUGACCUUAGAAGAACUUCUUCUCUGUACCAUUUAUUCUUGACUUAUGUCUUUAUCAUUUCAAUUCACUUUUGCUCUAGACAUACGUUCUCAUCUGUUUCUUUUUUGUUGAGGACUGUUUUACUUUCUGUUGCCUUUUGAUUAAGUUGAUGAAAUCAGCUACCUGUAAAUUGUUCCCUUUCCUUUUAUAUUUGAAUCCUCAUCAAUUUAGUUAAAUCAGUGAACUGACAAUUUGGCUGACUUCUAAAGGUCUUACUACGAGGCUGUGGAUUGACCUUUGAAACUGUGAGGUUAGGUCUCUAAAACAAUUUGUCGACAUAUUUUAGUUAGAUACCAAUCAUCUCUACAUCCAUUGAAAAAAAAAUGAAAAAUCCGGUUAUUAACUCUGUGGGUGCUGUGUAUUAGGUGCUGCUAGUUAUGCAUUAUUUUGUAGUCCUAACUUCAUCUAUGUAUGAUACCACAAAAUGUGCGUCAAUGCUUUGUAAUAGUACAUUUAUGUAGCCUUUGAAAGUUAUUCAUCACAUGCUUCCAGCUUACUAAUAUGUAAUAAUCAUUUUACCCUUAGUUGCAUAUGGUUAGUUAUCUUCAAGCUUUAUUUACCUACUUAGCACUCUGAGCCAUUUUCAAUGCUAUUUUUUUGUGUCUCUACCAUCAUCUCUUGAGGUCUGCUUUCCAGAUACUGUAGCUCCUAAAAGUAUGCCUUUAUCACAAAGCACAGCCUGCCAAAGCUUAUUUAUUGCAUAUAUUUUCAAAUUAUUCUAAUUUUUAAAAUAAGGGAAAUUUGUACUAAAGUCAAUCCCACAACAUCAAGCUAGCAAAAUCAAUGUUUGGUAACAUUUUAGUUUUUUUCUAAUCUUUUUUCUCUUAUUAUUUGUGCUCUAAGUUCAUCACUUGGCGUAGUAUUCUUGAAGAAAUAAUGGAGACGGUAAAGAUUAAAUUUAUCUAAGCUGCAAAAUAGUAUUUGUUGAUUAGGUUUUAAUUGUAGUGUGUUUCCUCUGGCAUUUCUUUCAAGUUUGUUUUAGUGGUCUUUUAAGAGUAAUGACAUUUAUUUUGAACCCCCGUCACUUUAUAUUUAACUUAUCAAUCAUUGUGAAGGUACAAAUUUAAUUUAUGUUAUAGAUUUAGCUGGCAUUUGUAUUAAUGAAACAUACUUUACUUAGAUGUUUGUUGUGUUGACAAAUAAACAUCUGUUUUAUGAUACAUGUUGGAAAUAGGGGCUUAAACUGUUUCUAGGUUGUAACCAUUGAUAUGUUGCCUAGAGGUUUGAGGCUUCAUCUUAAUCGAAGCACUGUUACUGUAGAUCUUUCUUCAUAUGGCAAUAAUUCAGUUGACGAGCUUUUGCUCUCAUCAUUCUGCGUACAUCACAAAUUUUGCUAUUGCUACAAUGCCUUUGUAGGGCUAAUUAGACUGAUUUUCCUCCCCCUAAUUUGUUCAUUUUUUUAAUAUCACAAGUUAAGGCAAGAAAAUAUUUUUUUCUCUAGACUUUUUAAAAAUUUGGACUUAUUGAUUUUUUUUAAUAGGCAGGCAUAUUUAGCUUGGCAAAAAAUGAUGAGCUUUUGUUAGAACAGUAUUUGAAGUUCUGUGCUUGUCAAAUAUUUCUAAUUGCAAUGUUCAGCCUCAUAGUCUGAUGCUUUGUCUUGCCUUAUUUCUUGUCUCCCCAAAAGUAGCUUUCCCUUUUUCGAUUGGAAAACUAUUUUGUUGCCGGAUUUUAGAUUUUGAUUAAUUAUGAAGUCAUAUCAACUCUUGAAGGGCACAUGGUACUGUACUAAUAACUAACAGCUAUUUGUUGACUGACAAAAACUACAACCUUUGUGCUGAGUGGCAUCAAUUCCCCACUGAAGAAAUUAUUGUUCUUUUUGUUGACCUCCUGACGUAGUACAAAUAAUCAUUAGAAUUUUGCUGUUGGUAAGAAACAAAAUCCUAUAUGGUGCUAUGUAAAUGUACUUUGAAGAAAAUUGUCUCUAUAUCCUUCGUGGUUUUUUUGAAAACAUCUUGCAAGGGUUGUAUCAGUUCUUUAACAACACUGAUAAUGGAGUUGAUCAUAUUAUCCCAUAACCAACAGGUACAUAGUUGAGAUGCAACACUAGACAAAUUUCAAGUCUGUUCAUUUUAUGUCUUUCAGUGCCUGAUUUUUGUGUAGUUUACAUUUAUAGAUGAUUUAUGCAUUGUUCAAUGAUGUUAUUUUUUAUGUAAAGUUCAGGCUGGGUGGUCUAGUGUAAGUUUAUGAAGACUGGGUUUUCUAAACAAUUAAAAAAAAAAUACUUAAUAAAAAUUGGAUCUAAGAACGUACUUGAUUAUUUUGGAACUAAGAGGUUUGAUUCAUCUUCUUUCUUGAAAAUUAAUUGAAAUGUUGCUGCUCCCAAAAGUUCUCCAAAGACCUUUGUGUAACCCUAAUAACUGAUUAAGUAUUGAUCUGUCGGCAAUAAGAUUCUUCUGAAUAAAUUGUAGGUGAAUGAUUUUAUA